AUGUAUUCCCAUCAUAUCAGUUGUCCCCAUCAGAGUGCCCAUUUACAUCAUGUAUCCCCAGCACAGUGCCACCUUACAUCAGUUGUCCCCAUCAGAGUGCCCCUUUACAUCAUGUAUCCCCAGCAGUGUGCCGCAUUACAUCAGGUAUUCCCAUCAGAGUGCCCCCGUACACUCAAAGUAACCCUUUACAUCAUAUUUCUCCAUCAGAGUGCCCCUUUACAUCAUAUUCCCCAUCAGAGUGCCCCUUUCCAUCACAUACGCCAAUCAGACUGCACCUUUCCAUCACGUGCCCAUCAGAGUGCCCCUUUCCACAGUGUGCACCCAUCAGAGUGCCCCCUUAACAUAAAGGAUGCCAUCAGAGUGCCCCUAAACAUAAAAUGUGCCCAUCAAAGUGCCCUUUAAUAUGAAAAUGUGCCUGUCAGAGUGCCCCUUAACAUAA